AUGUCAAGUAUGACCCCGGAUGAGCGGAAAGAGAGGAAAUUUAAAUUCACGGCAAAGAAACGACCGAGGCGAUCGGUGUCAAAAAAGAGCAGCGAAUCCAAAUAUGGUGUAUUCAGAUGCGCCAUAAAAUGGCUAGUGGCAGUUAUAGUAUUUUCGGCCGUCUUGGCGUGUCUUGUUACCAGCAAGAUUUGUUUGUUGGUUCUCGGGCAGCAUUUGAAAAGGUCCAGUGAAUCUACAGCGAAUUCCACCUUGGCAAUGGAAUAUUCUUCCGAAAUAAACAAACAGGCACUGUUUUUGAUGCUCGUUCUGACCUUGAUGAUCCCAGAAGCUGCCUGUUUAAUACACGCAAGUUGGACAAGUCUGGGGAAAAAACAUCGACCAUGGCCGUCAAAGAAGGCAUCUAUGCUAACUUUGGUUGGUGGAUUCUUUGAAGCUUCCUCGCUCUGUUAUAUCACAGUGGUUAUGGUGACAACGCUGCCAGUGAGCCCUGACUUUCUCGUGGUGCUUAUGUGCAGUAUAGCCGGGUUGCCGUUAAUGUUGCAGAAAGUCUACAGAAAAAAAUGCCAAAGUGGCCAACGUGAGCAACGUGAGCAACGUGACCAACUGAGCGUGUGGGAUAUCAUGAUAUCACUAGUGUCUACCCUUUUUUUUUUUGCUGGCAAUAUCAUGCUGUCUUUAAAGGUGGCUGACCUGAAAGGAAUAAUUUUGGCUGAACUUUCCCUUUUCCUGCUGUCAAUUGUUUGGUCACCUACGUUUAGAAAACUCCAAAUUCAAAAUGAACAUCAGGAAGAGAAAAGAGAGACGAAAAGGGAGAAAAGCACCGAGAUGGCGGAGGAAUGCGUUGAUACGUUACAAAAACCAGGAAUUAGUUCGAAGGAGGCAUUCGUGGCAAAGCCUGUCUGUGAAGAAAUUCUCAGUAGAAUCAGUAACAGCAGUGAAGGAUCCUUGCAGAGUGAAACCGGACCUCCUUGGUUGACCAGAACAGCUCAAGCGAAAACGGCCGUUAUUUCUUCCCUUUGUAAACUAUUCUUCAUACCUGUAAUGGCAGUUGCAUUUUCAAGUGUUUAUGGCAUUGUGAAAUUUAAUACCUUUGACGGAUUUAAGGCCAUAACAAUGUCAAAUCCGUCAUGUUUGUACUUCAUAUUCCACAUUUUGGCCAGCUUCUUCGGCUACCAUUUUGGAUGGAUCGCGUGUUCUCUUCGGAUGCAAAAGGUUGGACUGGCUCUUCCCUUGACACUAGCAACACCAAUCGCUGUCAUCAUAACCCAGUUUAUAGGGUUUUGCGAAACAGAAACAAUUCCCCCACCAUGUGCAUCAGGAGACAUACACUAUGUUCUUGGUGCGGGACUCCUUCUGUGGUUAGCACAAUGUUUGGGAACCACGUACAACCUGUUUAAAAGUCCAGGAAAGAUUUUGGGAAAAGUGUACGACUCAUUUUGGAUUCCUUGUUAUAAUGGUGUGUGCCUUGAACAGUACUUGCUGACGAACAAACGAAACCUCUCAUUUGACGAGGAAUGCUCUUCACAGGAAAAUGUACCAGCUUCUAACCAAAAGGACAAUGGAUUACAUGUGUUCAUCUGCACUACAAUGUAUCACGAGAAAAGGGAAGAAAUGGAACAACUUCUGGAGUCAGUUUACGAUGUCCUCAAAAAUAACAAAUCAGGGCACCAUUUUGAGGCACACGUGUUUUUUGAUGGGUGCCUCAGGACAGAAGAGCUUAACAGCUAUGUACUUCAGCUGGCUUCGUUGGUGAAAAAUACUCUAAAAGUGAAAGAACUCAGCGACUGUAUUAAGGUUGAGACCCACUUUGGUAUGCAGCUUAAGUGGAAACUUGAAUUAGAACAAGAGACAUCCUUCACAAUACACUUAAAAGAUAAUGCAAAGGUGAAAAAUAAGAAGAGAUGGAGCCAAGUAAUGUACAUGUCAUACGUUCUGGAUUUUAAAAUCGUCACAGAAGAAUUAGAAGACGACCAAUGCUUCAUUCUCGCAACAGACGGCGACGUUAAAUUUACUCACGAGUCUGUUGAAGCCUUAAUUGAUCAAAUGUGUGAGGACUCUAGAACUGGCGCAGUAUGUGCUCGGACCUAUCCCCUUGGAGAAGGACUUGUCUAUUGGUAUCAAGUAUUUGACUAUGCUAUUGGCCACUGGUUCCAAAAGGUGACCAAUCAUAUGCUCGGCUCAGUCUUGUGUUGUCCAGGAUGUUUCAGCUUGUACAGGUGCAGGGCUGUGAGGGAUGUUUUGCCAAAUUAUGCCACCUGUGCAGACACCGCUUUUCAGUGUAUUACCAAAGAUAUGGGGGAAGACCGCUGGAUGUGCACACUGAUGAUACAAAAUGGCUGGCGAUUGACAUAUUGUGCUGCUGCAGAGAACAGUACUUAUUGCCCAGGGAGUUUUGAUGAGUUCUAUAAACAACGAAAACGAUGGGCGCCAUCUACACUAGCCAACCUCGUUCUACUUAUUACCGAAUGGAAGCAGACAUUGAAUAACAACGAGCAUAUUUCUUUAUUAUUCAUUGUUUAUCAAGCGUUCCUUGUCUUCUCCACAGUAAUUGGAGGUUCCACGGUCAUUUUGGUCAUAGUGGGUGGAAUGGUACUUGCAGGUGUUCCAGUCAACCACAUAACAACAUCGGUGCUCCUUAGCCUUGUUGUUGCUGUUUACGUCUUAAUAUGCCUUUACACUCCCCCAAAGUGGCAGCUUAAAGUGUCAAAGAUACUGACAUUUUUUUUCUCAGUAAUCAUGUGCACUGUGGCGGUCGGAUUGGCUGUCCAAAUUUCCAACGAUUUAAAGGAAAGGAAAGUUGAGCCAACUGUGGCAACGACGAUGCAGAUAGAAACGACAUCGUUAACAACGACAACAAAACCUUUAGAACACCAUCUUCCGGCGGGGGUGAGCAGUCUGUACCUAGGUGGACUGAUAACAAUCUUUGUAGUCUCUGCUCUCUUGCAUCCAAGAGAAGUUACCUGCUUGUUUCAUGGAAUUUGGUACUUCCUCUGCCUUCCAUCUGGCUAUCUUCUGCUGACAGUUUACGCUAUCUGCAAUCUAACUGAUAGUUCUUGGGGAACAAGAGAAGAAACCUCAGGAAAGAAAAGCAGCCAAAAUUCAUUAUGGGAGUAUUACUUAUGUUGUCAUUGGACCAGAUCAGAUGGGGGUGGAGAUGAGAGGAAGAAACUCUCAGAUUCCAAGGAACCAGGACCACCAGGUCUUAACACGAACACAGGGUCGGCAGAACAAGAAAACAAUGAGGGAAAUGCGAAAACCACGUCUGUGGAAGAAUUACUAAGCAGUGAGGCCAAAGGUGAACUCGACGUAACCCACUCAACAGCGAUGAACCUUUCAAAGUCGAAUGACGAACACAUACCCAGUGAGCAGUUGGGAGAUUUCCUAGGUGAAAUAAAACUUGAGAAAUAUUACCAACGUUUCUUUGACAAUGGAUAUGAAUUUAUAGACGACUUGGUCGGAAUAAAGGAGGAAGAUCUUGAGCAGAUCGGAAUCAAUGAAGAGGAUCAUUCAAGGCUCAUGGAGUAUAUCAAGAGGAUUCCUCAAGAUGAUUCAAAGCAAGAAAUACCAGAAAACAUUAAAGGCUGGUUGAUAAAGCACCAUCUCGAAGAUUAUCAUUCCAAAUUCGGUGAGAAAUUUAAGCAUCUAUGGCAACUUCAAAAGUUGAAAAACGAGCCCAAAAAGGAUUUCAAGGAAUCCGCAAGGAAAAAUUUUGGAAUCGAAAAACCGGGCCAUUUUAAAAGGCUGGUUAAGGCUGUUUGCAGUUUACAGGUGAAAGGACACGUACAGAUGACAAUCCUCAGCACGGAGCAUACACUGAAUAGUGUUCUGCCUGUCAAGCGUGAUAGCAAGGACUAUCCUGAAGACGAAAUAACCUUCUGGAAAGAAUUACUUGAAGAAGGAUUUCUUUCUCCGCAUAACACAGCUUUAGCGUUCACGUCUUCUCCCGAAGAAAACCUCCGGAAGCUUAGAACAACAGCGCUGUGGGUAUUCAGUGUCAGCAACAUGUUUUGGAUGGUACUUAUACUGACGCUGGUAGAAAAGAGAGACCUCAAGAUUUUAGGGCUCGAUGUCAUCGCACUUAGCUUCCUAAUCACCUAUGGGGGGAUAAUCUUUGCCCAGUUUUUAGCCCUUUUGUGCCAUCGUGUGAAAACAAUAAUGCAUAUUUUGGCACGCACGCCAUGGAUUUUGCCUAUAAAGAACGAGACAGAAAAAAAUGAAAGAAUGAAUGAAAAAAGCGUUUUGCAAAGCAGAAAACAUAGGAAAUUGCAUCCUUUUUCCUAUGCUUAAGUUCUUGUAGUGUUGGUCAGUUAUUCAACUCGUCCAAUUUCUUUUAAUCAUUAUUAUUUCAUUCUCUUAGGACCCUGUU